CUUCUCUGCACUUUCCUCCUCAGCUCUACACUCCAGCUUCUCACUCUUCCCUCACCUUCGUGUCUUUAGAGAGCCAUGUCUAGCAGAUCCAGCAUGAGCCACCGUGGGUUCAGCACCACCUCAGCCAGAGUCCCUGGAGUCUGCCGCUCAGGCUUCAGCAGCGUCUCUGUGUCCCGCUCCAGGGGCAGUGGUGGCUUCGGUGGGGCUUGUGGGGGAGCUGGCUUUGGCAGCAGGAGCCUUUAUGGCCUGGGGGGCUCCAAGAGGAUCUCCAUUGGAGGAGGCAGCUGUGUCAUGGGAAGUGGAUAUGGCAGCAGAGUUGGAGGUGGCUUUGGCUUUGGAGGAGGAGUUGGGAGCGGAUUCGGUUUUGGUGGUGGAGCUGGUAGUGGCUUUGGGCUUGGUGGUGGAGCUGGCUUUGGUGGUGGCUAUGGGGGCUCUGGCUUCCCUGUCUGCCCUCCUGGAGGCAUCCAAGAGGUCACUAUCAACCAGAAUCUCCUCACUCCUCUGAACCUGCAAAUCGACCCCACCAUCCAGCGGGUGAAGACUGAGGAGAGGGAACAGAUCAAGACCCUCAACAACAAGUUUGCCUCCUUCAUUGACAAGGUGCGAUUCCUAGAGCAGCAGAACAAGGUCCUGGACACCAAAUGGACCCUGCUCCAGGAGCAGGGCACCAAGACCGUGAGGCAGAACCUGGAGCCCUUGUUCGAGCAGUACAUCAACAACCUCCGUAGGCAGCUGGACAGUAUCCUUGGUGACAGAGGCCGCCUGGACUCAGAGCUCAGAAGCAUGCAGGAUCUGGUCGAGGACUACAAGAAGAAAUACGAAGAUGAAAUCAACAAGCACACAGCAGCAGAGAAUGAAUUUGUGACUCUGAAGAAGGAUGUGGAUGCUGCCUACAUGAAUAAGGUUGACCUGCAAGCCAAGGUAGAUGGUCUUACAGAUGAGAUCAAUUUCCUGAAAGUCUUCUAUGAUGCAGAACUGUCUCAAAUGCAAACACACAUCUCAGACACAUCUGUGGUCCUGUCCAUGGACAACAACCGCAAUCUGGACUUGGACAGCAUCAUUGCUGAAGUCAAGGCCCAAUAUGAGGAGAUUGCUCAGAGGAGCCGGGCUGAGGCCGAGUCCUGGUACCAGACCAAGUAUGAGGAGCUUCAGGUCAUGGCAGGCAGACAUGGGGAUGACCUGCGCAGCACCAAGCAGGAAAUUUCUGAGAUCAACCGCAUGAUCCAGAGGCUGAGGUCUGAGAUCGACCACGUCAAGAAGCAGUGUGCCAACUUGCAGGCUGCUAUUGCUGAUGCUGAGCAGCGUGGGGAGAUGGCCCUCAAGGAUGCCCAGAACAAGCUAACAGAGCUGGAAGAUGCCCUGCAGAAGGCCAAGCAGGACAUGGCCCGGAUGCUGAAGGAGUAUCAGGAGCUAAUGAACACCAAGCUGGCCCUGGAUGUGGAGAUCGCUACCUACAGGAAGCUGUUGGAAGGCGAGGAGUGCAGGUUGAAUGGGGAAGGUGUUGGACAAGUAAACAUCUCUGUGGUGCAGUCCACCGUCUCCAGUGGCUAUGGCAGCUCCAGUGGUGUCAGUGGUGGCUUAGGCCUGGGUGGAGGCAGCAGCUACUCCUAUGGCGGUGGUCACAGCCUUGGAGGUGGCUUCAGUUCUGGCAGUGGCAGAGGCAUUGGAGGUGGCCUCAGCUCCUCUGGCGGCAGCAGUUCCACCAUCAAAUACACCACCACCUCAUCCUCCAGCAGGAAGAGCUACAACCACUGAAGUUCUACUACCAGCUCCAGUUCCACAAUGUCUCAGGCCUCUCUCCAUCUGCACAGCCCUCUCCUCACAUUGCUUCUUCUCUCCUGCCCCCUGGUCUUCUCUUGGUCUGUGAGUUAGAGCUGAUGUUGCUUAGUGUCCUCCUUUCAUCUCUCUGCCUACACCUACUCCACCUAACUUUCUUUGCUCACCAUUAGAAUGUCAAACUCUGAUUUUACAUCAUAAUUUAAUCACAUGUGAUGCUUCACUUUGUUCCUAAAUUAUUAAUCUCUUGGCUCCAAUGUCCU